UGACAGUGAUCGAGCAGCACGUGGGCUGUGUAGGUGUGCAUAUCACUAUGCAUCGUCCAGCCAUGUGCACAGGAAAGAGGCUGACUUACAAGAAUCUGCUCUCAAAACCCCAGCAAGGUCCAGGGAAGCCUGCUGCCAACUUCCACUUUACUGUGGAUGUUUUCACUUUCGGGGUAUCUUGUUCUGAGUCAAGAUUCCUCCUUCCUAAUAUGGGACUUUCCAGAAGAAGACCACAGCUGUUCCCGUGCAUCCGCCUUGGCCCUGCAAUGUUCUGAAGUUGGGUUGUCAAGGGAGUUUGCCUGCCUCUCUGGAGGAAGAAAAUGGCCAUGUGGUCUCUCUGGCGUCUGCUUCUCUGGGAAGGAACUCCUGGCCACGUUCUUCAGGGGCUCCCUGGAGACUCUGUACCAUUCCCGCUUCCUGGGCCGAGCUCAGCUACACAGUAACCUCAGCCUGGAACUUGGGCCCCUGGAGUCUGGAGACAGCGGCAACUUCUCUGUGCUGAUGGUGGACACAGGAGGCCGGGCCUGGACCCAAACCCUGCAACUCAAGGUGUACGAUGCAGUACCAAGGCCCACAGUUCAGGUGUUCGUUGCUGUAACAGGGGAUACUCAGCCCUCUAACAUCUGCCAGGUCUUCCUGUCCUGCUUGGGUCCCAACAUCAGUGACAUAACCUAUAGCUGGCGACGAGAAGGGACAAUGGACCUUGAUGUUGAACCACACAGCCUCUUCACAGAGGGACAGGUGCUAAGUAUUUCGGUAGGACUGAGAGACAAGGAUGUGGCUUAUUCCUGCAUCAUCUCCAACCCUGUCAGCUGGGGUGUGGCCACAGUCACCCCUUGGAAGAGCUGCAACCAUGAGACAGCAUCAGAGAAGACCUCCUACAAGGAUGUGCUACUGGUGGUGGUACCAGUCUCGCUGCUCCUGAUCCUGGUUGGUCUCUUCUCAGUAUGGCACUGUGGCCCCUGCUCAGGGAAAAGGAAGACGGAUGUCUGCACUGAUGAAGUGGCUCCCGAGACAGAGAACCCUGUUGUGUAGGAUGUGCCAUGAAGAACAACACAAGCUGAGACCUGGAUCAUGGAGAGCUUCCCUGCCCCGACGCUUGAUGCUCUGGGACAUGGCUAGUGCCUGGAAACUUCCAGUCCUGCCUCUCAGGAUCAAACUGGACAGCCAGCAUACUGGGAGGAUAGGCAGCACCUGAACAAACUCGGCCCUUCCUUGGCUGUCCGGUGGACAGGAUGGGCUAAUAGGAUGCUCCUUGAAAAAACAUCCUAGGUUCUCCAGGAUCCACAGAUUUGAGUAUUUGAGACAUCUGCUCCUCCACCAUACAUAAAAGUAUUGCCCAACUGGCACCAAGUAAUUGCUUCCGGCCUGAAUCCUAGUCUCUAAACAACAUCAGGUGAUUGAACUUCAGAGAAAGUAAAUCACCCACGACCAGUGAAUCAAAGUAUUGUCAAGAAGCAAGGCCUAGAAUAAAUAAAAUUCAGAGGUGGGAGACAGGGCCUUAUCUUUUAGACCUGAAGGUCUUUGAGGUUAUCUGAGUUCAUGGUCUCUCAAAGGUAAAUGGUAGUUACAGAUGACCUAGAAUGACUGACAUCCCACAGUUGGAAUGGAAGCCAUUUUCCUGAUAAUACUUUGUAUAUAGACAUCCUUGCCAUUUCCACUGAUCUUGUCACCUCCUGCAUGAUCUGAGGAUGGUAUCUGAGGUUUUUCCUUUACUCUCAAGCACAGUGACCUGAAAAAGAUGACUAAAUAUGCCUCUGCCAACAAGAAACUCUUGUAUAUCUUCAAGAAAAGCAGUUGAGUUCAUGGCAAGUCUUUUUUUUUUUGUCUGAGACUGGGAGAGGAAGCUACUACAAAAGAGGAAAAUUAUGGAGGGGAAGGAUGCCAAGGUAUUUGAGAAUCUGCCACAUUCAUUUUUAGAUGCAAGUGCAGAAGAGCCAGCCAAGUAUAAGGAAGAGACAAGACCCCAUCACUCAACAGGAUCAUCAAGGUCAUUUUGAUACAUGGGACAGAAAAGAUUAUUGUGGCCAUCUUUAGAAAAUGCAUUCUGCCAUUGACUGAUUCUG